AUGGAGGCGAUUCGACCUGUGCGUCGUGUAGUCUCCUCAGAGAAGACGCCACGAAAGAAGGAGCCUGGAUCAAUGUCGCCUACAUUUUCGACGACAAUUCCUCCGAGCAUGCAGCGUAAACCGUCCAGUGAGUUUGGCGGCUUGCAAACCAGCACUUCGACACCUUUGUCAGUCCGCGCCUCCAGCUACUCUGCCAAGGACUUGGAAGCCAGUCCAUUGUCAUCAGGUCUCAAUAAGCGUCAAACAUUUACGCCAACCAGACUACCCGCCACGCGUGGCACAGUCGUGUUGCACCCAAUGCAAGCGGAACCGGAUGAUUACCUUCAUAUUCCUGAGAAAAACGUGGACACGCACUCCAUACGUCCGACCUGGCGUGGAUGUUUUAAUGUUACAACACUGCUUAUCAUUGCGUUAUGUCUGAUUAUGCUUUUUGCUGGUUAUCCCAUUAUUGCUAAUUUUGAUGAUUCAUACAAUAAGAUUGACCAACGUCUCGCCCAAGGCCAAGCUAAGCCCAUUCCUGCGCGACCUCCCGUGGAUCCAGAUACCCCAUCUCAAUAUCACACGCGUCAAGGAGACGAUGGCACGACCUGGGAGCUUGUCUUCAGCGAUGAGUUCGAGAAGGAAGGCCGAACAUUUUGGCCUGGCGAUGAUCCCUACUGGGAAGGUGGCGACUUUUACUAUCGUGCAACGUUUGACUACGAGUGGUACACACCUGAAGCGAUCAACACAACGAAUGGUAGGCUUCAAAUUACUAUGGAUGAGAUUCUUGAGCAUAACACCUACUUUAGGUCAGGUAUGCUUCAGUCGUGGAACAAGAUGUGUUUCCAAGGUGGUUACAUUGAAGCCUCGGUCGUUCUUCCAGGCGGUCCGCAAACCCAAGGUUACUGGCCUGGCUUUUGGAUGAUGGGCAACCUGGGGCGCCCAGGUUAUCUGGCCACGACAGACGGCAUGUGGCCCUAUGUCUAUGAGAACUGUGAUGUGGGUAUUUUACCCAACCAAACAUACCUAGAUGAGUCGGGCCCAGAGGCUGCGCUCAACGCCAAGGUCGAUGGGAAAACAGAUCAGCUCUCGAUUCUUACAGGUAUGCGUUUCCCCGCCUGCACAUGUUCUGGUCAAGGCCACCCUGGCCCCAAUCCCAACGUUGCACGGGGUGUACCUGAAUUGGAUAUUUUCGAGAUACAGGUGGAUGCAAAGAAGGGAGCCUCGGUUGCUUCCCAGUCCUACCAGGUAGCGCCGUUUGAUGCCAAUUACAAAUGGUAUUCGAACCAGUCAAGCUACCAAAUCUACGAUACUGACGUCACCUCAAGGAACCCGUGGUCAGGCAGUCAGACCCAGGAAGCCCUUUCCUGUGUCACAGAAAUACCUAAUAAGGCAUUUAUGAAAACGACCCGAACGCCUACCGUGUUUGGUAUCGAAUACGACCCGGACUUAGAGGACACAGGGAACGGCUACAUCACCUGGUAUGUGGAUGGCAAGAAGUCUUGGACUGUUUACGAAGGCGCUUUGGAUGCCAAUGAAGCCACCAAGAUCGGAAAACGUACCUUCCCCAAGGAACCUAUGUCCAUUAUUAUUAAUUUGGGUAUUGCAGGCGGCUUCCAAGAAGUUCAUUGGGAUGAGAUUGAUUUCCCCGCACAAAUGGAAUUUGACUAUAUUCGCGUGUACCAAAAGCCUGGUCAAAAGCGUGUAAGCUGUGAUCCCAGUGAUCAUCCUACAGCGAACUACAUUAACAGUAACAUGGAAAUGUACUUCAAUAACAACUUGACGUCAUUUUCCAACAUCUCUAGCAGUUGGCCAAAGAACAAGCUCACCGGUUGCUAA